UGGGUCUUCAUAUUAGUAGAGACAGAGCCAGGUGUAUUCCACACUGACUAGCCACCAGGUCAGGAUGGAGAGAAAGGGUAGCUUCACCAUGCUUCUCAUCACUGCCCUGUUAGUGCUGGUAUCUGCUCUACAAAGAGAGUACUUCCUUGUAACAGAACCAGCAUCAUGGAAUGAUGCCCAGCAACAUUGCAGAAGCCACCACACCGACCUGGCCUUCAUCCGCACCAAGGAAGAAGCCAACCACGUCUCUGCUCUUGGUAAUGGGGCCUGGGUCUGGAUUGGUAUCCACAGAGACACCAAGAACCAUACACUUUGGUACUGGUCUGGACGCAGGACAUCUACAUUCACCGUCUGGAAACCUGGCGAGCCUAACAAUCAUAUGGAUUUAUCAUGCAAUGUCAAAAUAAACUUUGUCUGCUACCAGGAGACGCCUAAAAUGGUCCUGGUGAAGGAGAACAGGACGUGGGAGGAGGCCCUGGAGUACUGCAGAGAUCAGGACAGUGACCUCCCCAGUUUGCUCUCUGAGGAUGAGCAAAAUUCGGCCAAGAAAACAACCCUAGAGGCCCAGACCAGCCAGGUGUGGACCGGCCUGCGCUUCCUGGCUGGUCAGUGGCUGUGGGUGAACGGAGAUAAAAUGGAAUACCAGGACUGGCCUGCGGGGGAGAUGCCUUUCUGCCCUGCCCAGUACCUCCACUGUGGGACCCUGGACAAGGAAGAAGAGCACUGGGGGACCAGGGACUGCAAGGAGAAGCUCAACUUCUUAUGUCUUUAG